AUGGCGAGCAACCCCGCCUCAGAGCUGGCCUCGGCCAUCCAAUCCGUCUCCAUCAACCGACACCCGUCUCAAUUACAUGAUGUGAAUCCAUCCACUGCCGCCUCUAAGAAGAUCCCCGCGACAGCUGAGUUCCCCGAAGGAGAUUCACCUCCACGCUCGCGAUCACAUUCCUUCGCCUCAGCCAGCACCGCGUCGUCAUCCACAUCGACCAUCCCGAGUGAGAUCAUCCACCCACGUCCCCGCCGAAGGGAUCUGCCACCGAUUCCGGACUUCCGCUUCGAGCAGUCCUACCUCGCCAGUAUCAAGGACGCCGACUCAAACUGGAGGGUCGCCUUUAUCACGAUCCGCGAUCAAGUGUUUCUGCCACUGACCCAGGGCAUUCUCUGGAACCUUGCCAUGUUUGGCUGGCGCCAUUGGAAUCGUGGAACCCAGUUCCGAGGGCAGGGUUUGGGUGCGAGGGUCAGAAAUUGGUGGUGGCGGGUGAACAAUUGGAGAGUUCCUAGUGAAGCAGACCAUCGGAAAGAUGCGAAGGUGCUGAAGAAGGCUGAGGGCUUCUUUGUUGAUCGUUUCGGUACUGCGUUGGGCGAUUGA